GUCAGUCUUUUCUGAACUCCCAAGUUGACGGUUCCUUGACAGCAAAUGUGUCACUGUCAGAAAUCAAGACUGGGGACAACCGGACCUGGAAUUCUGAACUCGCGAAUAAUGGAUGCAGAAUUCCAGCCCUUUCCAGGCCAGGUUUCUCUAGGAUACAAUCUCAGAAGUGGGCUCGGGCUUUCCACACAGAAUGGUGCCUAUGACAGGACAAAGGAAAAGGACGGCGGUAUCUAUCUUGUUAACUUGUGCUGUUCACACCCCUAAAGAUACAAGAGCAUCUGUUUGAGGGAGCUCCCUCCCAACCCCCCCCAAAGGCUUGCCUCUUUCUCGCGGACAAGAUGCUGCUCUCAGAAGAAAACGAGCGGCUGCGAGCGGAGCUGGACCGGAUGAAGUCUCUGGCUGCGUCCCUACUUGGAGUGCCGGCAGUCAGGGAACCACAGGCAGAGCCUGUUGGAUUGGGAAGACAGCCUUCUGGCAAUCAGCUGAUGCCCUCAGCUCAAGAGCCAUCCAACAGCUUCCAGCUCAGCCUCUCGCAGCCAACUGUGUCUGAUUUUGUUGGCUUGCGGAGCAGCACGAGCUCCUUCAACAGCUCCUCUCCUGCUACCGUGAGCUUGGGCGCAUUCCCCACUUUGAGCAGGGCAGGGUCCGGGCUGCAUGGGGGCGAUUUCUUCCCUCAGGGGAUGCAAGCAACCACAUCGCAGAUGAAUGGGGUUAUUGAUUUCCCGGUGUUCUUGACUGGGGGGGGCCGGCCGCAGCGGCAGCAGCCGGUGCUUGGGAGCUCAGCUUAUUCUCUAGAGAACCUGCAGGCAUUCGCUGGGGACAUCAGAUCGUCGCCCGUCCAAAAGACGCAGGCCAUGCUGCCGCUGCUGCCUGUGGGAUCGUCAGGAGGAGGGCUGCCUCAACCUGCAAUCGCACCCCCCGCCAAGAAGGACGAGACUUUCAUCUACCCCGGCAUCUCGCACAUCGAGAAGAAGCUCUCGGACCAUUUGAAACCGUUCUCCUCCCACCUGGGGGUACAUUUCCCCCCUGCUCCCAUCCCCACGGCGCAGCUAGCGGCCAAGGAGGACCCCCCGCACGAGGGGGGCGCACAAGGAUAUGCAUCCCAACCCCGUGACCGUGAGGCAGGGAAACAAGGGUACGCAGCUCAACCUGCCGCCGAGGAGAAGGACGACAACGAGGAGCCGAAGCAGCGCAGUGGUCGCAAGCGGGACCGCGACAGCAGCGAGGAGAACCGCAAGAUGCGGUUGAGCAAGGAGCAGAGCCAGCAGCUGGAGGCCGCCUUCAACGAGCAGUCCACGCACAGCCCGAAGCAAAAGAACGCGCUUGCGCUUCGGCUAGGCCUGCGGCCCCGGCAGGUCGAAGUGUGGUUCCAAAACAGACGAGCCAGGACCAAGCUGAAGCAGACGGAGAUCGACUGCGAGGUCCUGAAGCGGUGCUGCGAAACGCUGACGGAAGAGAACCGGCGGUUACAAAAGGAGGUCAUCGCGCUCAAGUCCCGGCCACCGGCCUCAAGUGGAGACGACCGUCGGGAGUUCGGUGCGGAAGCGCCUGUGUGUGUAAAGUGCAAGGAGACACUGUCAAACGCUGAGGCCAGCGCCCUCCACAUCCAGCUCACUGAGGGAGGGCUGGUAUUUGAUAAGCAAGAGAGCGGGCUUGAUUCCGAGCAGCACACUGUCAGUGUGUCGUAGUCCCAAAACGGGAUUGAGCUCCUGUGAAGGGUUGGGUUCGAGGGUAGGGAUGAGGAUGGGGGCUUGCUCUGAUGCAGCCGGCGUCAAGCCCUCUGUAGCUCCUUUGUUAAGCACGAACGUUAUGCUCACUUGUGCUCUUGAAGCUGAGAGUAGAAUAAGAUAGGCAAUGGGCGGAGGUCUGGCUCUUUGGAAGGAUGCAGCAAGCGUGCGGCAAAGAGUUGUCUCGGGAGUAACAAGGUCAAGCUUGACUCCUUCACAGGUGGGCCUGGAUGUGGAUAUGGUAGACACUAGUGCAUUGGUCACUUAAGCACUAGUGCAUUGGUCACCGAGGUUGUAUCUUAGUAGAAUAAGAAUCUAAUCUGCAAGGUUGAGGACGAGUUUGGUCACGUACCGUCUAACCAGAACCCUCGGUGUAAGAGUCCGUUGACAUCAGCAUGACUCAAUAAUUGGUAUUUUGUUGACCUACUUGCAUUGCUGCGGGGCCCAGCGCUCAAAAAUCCAGACGGCAAUUGCCAAUCCAAC